CGCGGCUAAUGAAUAAUGGCAAGCGGUCAUUACCAGGGCCCAUGGCAUGACUGACACUGACAGGCCUGGACUGACACCGACAGACACUGACAGGUUUGACAGCCCCCGGUUAAUUGGGGGGUCCACAGCCCCGCUUAGAAUGAAUGCCAAUGCCAACCCCGGCGGGUCUUGGGCGGUUUUGCUGGCGCCGGUGGCUAUGAGGAUGGCGUCUGCACUCUGCAGGUUCUUUUGUGUGUGGGUUUUGGGGAUUAUGCUCUGUUCAUAAAUUACACAAAUAAGAGUAACGAGUUAUGUACAGUAGUACGUUGUUGUACAGUUAAGAC